AUGGCUUCCUCCACAAUGUCCAACCUCGAGAAGGAGAAUCACCAGCGCGAUGCCGAUUUCAACAAGGCCCUCCACGGCAAGUCGGCCCAGGCCAGGGGCGGCAUCGCUGCCAUGUUUUCCAAGGGCGCCUCUGCCAAGGGUGCUGCCGUCGACGAGUACUUCAAGCACUGGGAUAACAAGGGCGCUGCCGACGAGACUGCUGAGACUCGUGCUGAACGUCAAGCCCAGUACGCCACCUUGACCAGGCAAUACUACAACCUGGCGACCGAUCUUUACGAGUAUGGCUGGGGCCAGUCCUUCCACUUCUGCCGCUUCGCCUACGGCGAGCCCUUCCACCAGGCCAUCGCCCGCCACGAGCACUACCUCGCCCACGCCAUUGGCAUCCAGGAAGGCAUGCGCGUGCUGGACGUUGGCUGCGGUGUCGGUGGGCCUGCCCGUGAGAUUGCCAAGUUCUCUGGCGCUCACAUCACCGGUCUGAACAACAAUGACUACCAGAUUGAGCGUGCGACGCACUACGCCCACAAAGAGGGUCUGUCAAACCAGCUCAAGUACGUCAAGGGCGACUUCAUGCAGAUGUCGUUCCCCGACAACAGCUUCGACGCCGUGUACGCCAUCGAGGCCACUGUCCACGCCCCCACUCUGGAGGGCAUCUACAGCGAGAUCUACCGCGUGCUCAAGCCUGGGGGCACCUUUGGUGUGUACGAGUGGCUCAUGACCGACCAGUACGACAACGACAAUCUGCACCACCGCGAGAUCCGCCUCGGCAUCGAGCAGGGUGACGGCAUCUCCAACAUGUGCAAGAUUGAGGAGGCCCUGGACGCCAUGAAGGCUGCCGGUUUCGAGCUGCUGCGCAACGAGGACAUGGCUAUCCGCGAUGACCCUUUCCCCUGGUACUGGCCUUUGUCUGGCGAAAUGAAGUACAUCCAGUCCGUGUUCGAUGUCUUCACCAUCUUCCGCAUGACACACGUUGGCCGUGCCGUGGCCCACAGCUUCGCCGGCCUGAUGGAGACCUUGAGGCUGGCGCCUGCUGGCACCAAGAAGACUGCCGACAGCCUGGCGUGGGCUGCCGACUGCCUUGUUGCUGGUGGCAAGGAGAACCUUUUCACUCCCAUGUACCUGAUGGUUGGCCGCAAGCCCGAGUAA